AACUUCGAAAUAAGCCGUUUCCGGUAAGCGACUACAAGCAAUGACAAACAUUUUCAGAACAUGUUUGGAUAAAAUUAUCUCUGAAGAUUUUCGAAGCAAAUUAACUCUAAAUUAUGGGCUUUUUCCUGUGCAGAUAAAUGAACAUUUUAGGCAAUGAGAUCAAACAUUUAACUGACUUCGAACGGCUGCCUUGUUGUUGUUGUGCUUAAAAUUAUUGACACCCCGGUUUUUCAUCUGGAUCUCUCUGUGGUUCGGGUCGGUCCGUCUGGAGGAGGAGGGCGUCAUGGGCAGCGAAGGCACUGAGCUGGAGGUGCCUGUAAACGCAGUGGGGAGACGAGUGUCCUGCGACGGGGAGAGAGCCACGGUCCGGUAUGUGGGUCCGGUGCCCCCCACAUCAGGCCUGUGGCUCGGCGUAGAGUGGGAUAACCCAGAGAGAGGCAAACAUGACGGAAGCCACAACGGCGUUCAAUAUUUUACAUGCAGUCACCCUACAGGGGGUUCCUUUGUCCGUCCGGCCAAGGUGACUUUUGGAGUGGACUUCCUGACCGCUGUGCAACAGGUGUACCUGAUCGACCCGGAGGCAGUCCUGAGUGAGAACGUCUCAGUUUCUUGCAGGAAGCUGGAUUGGGCAGGUGUGAAGGAGCGCAGUUUUCAGAAACUUCAAUCAGUGGUGCUGAGCGGCUUUGAGGUGAACGGACCGGGCGCCGCUGGAGAGAUCAGGAAGACACUUUACAACGUUUGCUGGUUGGACCUGAGCGGGACUCUGCUGUCCCGCUGGGAGGACGUGGCUGCCAUCACCGAACAGCUGGUCAAACUAGAAGGACUGCAGCUCCACAGGAACAGGCUAACUUUGCCCUCUGAGCCCUCAGUUCACAGCCAGGCUUUCUGCAACCUCAAAACGCUCGCACUCAACCAAUGUCAGCUCACCUGGCCACAGAUUCUGAAGUGCGCCCCCAUGUGGCCUCAACUGGAAGAACUGAUUUUAGAAGCAAACAACAUCACAGAGCUUCAAAGACCGGAAGGAGUCCUGCAGUCGCUCAAAAGUCUCAACCUCGCCAACAAUCCUCUAGUGGAAGACACUCUGCUCAGUAUAUCUGCCCUGAACAGGCUGGAGAAGCUCAACCUCUCCACAACUGGAAUUUCUGUCAUUGGAUUUGAAGAUGCUGCUCCUGGACAAAAGACGGUCAUGUUUCCUGCUCUGACCUCUCUAAAUCUGAAUAACAACAACAUCACGGAGUGGUUUGUUGUGGACGAGCUGGCCAAACUGUCCAGUUUAGUUAGAUUUUCAUGCCAAGGUAAUCGCCUUUUGAGCAAAGACGGAAACCCAAACACAGCCAGGCAGAUGGUCAUCGCCAAACUGGAACAACUGGUGUUUCUGAACAACUGCACGAUCAUUUUUGAUGAAAGAAGGGGGGCGGAGCUUGACUACAUCAAGAUGUUUGGGGAGGAGUGGCUAAAGGCAGGGGGGCCGGGCCAGCCCAACGCUGACUUCAUCAAGCAGCAUCCAUGUUAUCAAAAACUCAUUGACAAGUAUGGAGCUCCGGACGAGAGCGAACUGAAGAAGCCGCAGCCGUUCGCUCUUAAAAACCAGCUGAUCAAGAUCACAUUUUUGUUUCCCAACGAUUCUGACCGGAAGCCGAUAGAGAAGAAGCUUCCAGCUUCUAUGGAUGUUCAGAAAGUCAAGGGGCUCCUCCACAGAAUGCUGAAGGUUCCUGCAGCUGAUUUGAAGCUGUCCUACAAAACCUCCAAGAAGGCCGGGGUGGAGUUUGACAUCGACAACGACCAGAAAACGCUGCAGUUCUUCUCCGUAGAGGACGGAGACCAGGUGCUGGUCCGCUGGUCCUGACAGGACCGGAGUCGGGAUUCUGCAUCACAGACUGACAGCUUCAACGCCACGGACUGAAUCCAGAGCAGCAAAUAUAAACCCGAACUCAUCACAUCUGCAAACUGCCGAGGCAGCUUUCCAGGGGUAAAGGAAUGUAAAUGCAACAUUAUAAACAUGAGUUUGUCUUUUCCUGCUCAUUUCACACAAAAUGUUUUAGUUCAAAGUCAGAACCACAAACUCUAAACUUCCUUCUCUCUGGUUUUUCAAAGUACAAAUCUACAUUUACAAAAUAAUUCUAGACGAUGAGGAAAAAAAUCAGAGGAAAGUCUGUAAAACAGCAGAGAAGGAUCAUAUUUUCAGAUUAGUUUCAAAACAAAAACUAAAUUUCACGCUGAGAUGUAAAAGAAAAGUGAACUUCAUUGAAUCGCAGAAACCAGAAAGACGAUCUGAUGUAAAAAUGGGUCUCAUGCAUUCUUUAUGCUCAUGUGCUCAACAUUUAGUCCCAGUGUAAUGUUUAUACUUUUUGUAUUUAUAGAACUAAAAUCCAUUUCAGAGAUGCCCAGGUUUCAUAAAGAAAUGCAAAUAUUCCUAACAGCCUUAGUGAGGAAAGACCGUCAGAGUAUUUGUGGAUUCUGCUAGAGUUAGUCAUUAUUAUUACAUCUAAAUGGUACUUUACGUUUCAUAAACCUGAAUCGGCUUGUUGUUGGGCUCAGAGACGACUUUAAUGAACCUGGAUGUUCAUAAACUAUCAUUAAAACAAAAGUAAUAAAUGACUUUGCUUGAUUUCCUUUCUUCUUUUUUUAAAUUAUAUUUGAUUAGAAUAAUUUUCUGUUAAGAUAAAUGAACUCAUUUGUCUAAAAUGUCAUAUGUAAUAAAAAAAUUAUGUAAAUCUAUUAAGAAAGUGGAAAAAUAAUUCUUGAAAAUCGAAUUUAAAACAAUGAAGCUAAAAUCAAACAGAACUUCCCUCACAACUGAAAGUCCUGGCCAAUAGAAACACUAGAAACCUGAAGUUUUUUUCAAAAAUGUCUUUUAGGAAGAAUAAAGGAAAGAUGAUGAUCAGAAAGUUAACUUUACAGAUAUCUAAGCAGAUUAAAAGUAUUUCCAAUAAUUGUUAUUUUUUUUACUAGUUCUGUCCAACAACUGAGCAAACAGAUGAGCGCUGAAGGCCUUUUGUGUUGCACAGGUUUUACUAUUACCAAACUCCUUUACGCCUUCCUUACGUGAAGGUCAGAGACGGUUUCAUGCCCGAGUCUCUCACUUUCAUGCAUCUUCAGAACUCACUGAAUCGUUUUAGGGCUGCUGGAGCCAAUCCAGCUGCUGUUGGGCCAGAGUAAAUGCUGAACAGGUCACCAGUCUGUAGCAAACGUGCACACGCACACACCUAGGGACAAUUUAGAAUACUAUAACCCAUUUAUGUGUAAAGUAGGGUUUUUUCUGUCUUUUUUUUUUUUUUUGGACUGUUAGAGGAAAUCUACAGGAGAAAAUGCAAACUCCACACCAAAAAGUCUCAGCUGGGAUUCGAACAAUAAUCUCUGCACUGAGGAAAGAGUGCUAACCACUGUACUACUGUACAUCCCUUAGUUUGUUACCUUUCUGUGACAAAUACCAAAAAAUAUUUCAUGGAAAGACAAAUAACAGUUUAAGACUAGAAAGAAAUUUCAGAAAGAAACAGAACGAUAAAAAACAGCAUUUUUUCUUCUCCGCAGUAGCUUGGGGGGGAGGGGAGGGGUGCUAAUUUAGUUUUUAAUCAACAUUUCCAAGAAGGAACCACCCAUUAUAUUUCAAAUGGUCCACAAAUACUAAAACGUGGUUUCUGACUACAUUUACAUGUGUUUAGACCAAAUCAACAGAAACUAAGAGGAAAAAAGUGCUUGAAAUUAGUUAUGGACAUAAAUCAGCCUUGAGUAGCCCCUAAAAUGUAAUUUUUCACUUGCCCCCCUUUAAAUGUACACAUUGAAUUUUAAAUAAAGGUUCAAAUUAAACCUC